GGGAUAUACAUAAAUAUGAUAUAGAUACGUGAGCAUUUGAGUAUUAAGAAGUAACAAAGCGAAGACAAGAAUAAAUUUGAAGGCAGGAGGGAGAAAUAGAGGUAUUAGUCUACAGGGGUUAUUUUACGUUGCACGACAGUUUUAGACGAAGAAAAAAAGCAACGGAAAGAAGGCUGGUUGGUUGGUUGGUAGACGGGAUGAAUGCAUUGGAUCGGCGGAUCGGUAUGAAAUGGUAUUGGCUAAUACUCCAAGGCACGAGACUGCAAAGGAAAAGGUCCAAACAUACCCGACCUCCACCACCAGCGGACACCCCGACUCGGUUCCGUAUGGCGACCUCCGAACCCCGAUACACGGGAGUUUAUUCUAUUCACCAAUUUUGUAUUAGUAUUAGUUCCUCUCCGCCACCUCCAUGCUCCCCGGAUUGGAUAUCCCGACUCGGAUUCAAAUAUUGAGAGAUAAUUUCACGGGUAAAACGGUAAGAUUCGUCAUCAGGGGUCGUAAGCAAUGUCGUUGGGCCAA